ACUUUAAGAAAACCCCUGCUUCACAUCGAAUCAUCGUGCAGUUCGCAGUGAACGUGACAGUCGAACAAACGCAAACUCAGAAACAGUCUAAAAAAAUAUUAAAUAAAAUUCAAAUAGUUAAAAUUAAAAUAAAAACAUAAUCAACAACAAAUCGUCGUUGUAGUUGUAGCUGAUUUUCAAUACAACUUAAGAGUAUUUAAAGGUACAAAAACGAAACGUAUUAAGAAAAAAAGUAGAUAUAUUUAUGCAUAUAUAAUAAUAUAAAUAAAAGAAACAAUAAAAUAGUGUUUAGAGCAUUAACAAAAAUAUUAAAAUACAAAAAAAAAAAUAAAAAAUAAUAACAAUCAAAUAAGCAAACAAACAAAUUUUGUAUGUUUAUAAAGACAGACUCUGCUCUCUUGUGCUCCAAUCAACAGCAAGUUUCUAAGCACACAACCCGCCAGCUUUUAAAAUCAACAAAAUUCUCAGCACUAGAAGCGCGAAACAUUUCGAACAGUCUUUAAAAUUCGGUGUAAUUACGCGAAGUUAAAUUGUUUGCGAACUGACUUCGUGCAGUUAACAUUUCAAAUAGACUGAUGUCUCCUAAUAUUAUAGGCAGUACUUUUAUUUUGGCUGAAACAGCCAUUUCUAAUACAGAUGCCAAUAACAAUAACAAGGCAAAUGUAAUGCAGUCAUCAGCCGGCAAUGCUGCUUGCCCAGUAGCCAGUGCCGCAGCUAGUGGCGGUAAAACCAACAAGACAAAUGAAAGCGCUUCGUCAAAGGUGACUGCUGUCAAUAGCGUUAAGAGCAGUACCAAACAGGAGGUGGCCCAAAAGAAACCAUACAAGAUGGAAAUUGUCUGGCACAAUGUGUUGUUGUUCAUAAUUUUGCACAGUGCUGCAUUAUACGGAUUGUAUUUGGUGUUUGCUGAAAAUGCUUACAUAGAUCUUGCACUCUCUUAUUUUGUUGUGUUCUUUGGUGGUAUGGGCAUCACUGCUGGUGUACAUCGUUUGUGGUCUCAUCGUGCCUAUAAGGCUAGAUUACCCCUGCGUAUUUUCCUUAUGCUGUGUCAAUCGUUAGCUUUCCAAAACAGCAUUUACGAAUGGACCCGUGAUCAUCGUGUGCACCACAAAUUCACCGAUACCGAUGCUGAUCCUCACAACUCUAGACGUGGUUUCUUCUUCGCUCACAUGGGUUGGUUGAUGUGCAGAAAACACCCCGACGUCAAGGAAAAAGGCAAACAAAUCGAUAUGAGUGACUUGGAAGCUGAUCCCGUUGUUAUGUUCCAAAAGAAAUACUACUUUGUCAUUAUGCCCAUCUGUUGCUUCGUUUUGCCCGCCCUCUUCCCCUACUACUAUUUGGGUUCAUCUCUUAAGGUGUGCUUCUUCGUUGGUUCUAUGUUCCGUUAUUGUCUGUCUUUGCAUGGCACUUGGUUGGUAAACAGUGCUGCUCACUUUUAUGGCAUGAAACCCUACGACAAGAACAUCAGCUCCGUCAACAAUAAAAUGGUAUCGGCUAUUGCUUUCGGCGAAGGUUGGCACAACUAUCAUCAUGUCUUCCCUUGGGAUUACAAAGCAGCUGAAUUGCCCAACUACUACAACUGGACCACUGGCUUCUUGAACUUCAUGGCCAGAAUCGGUCAAGCUUACGACUUGAAAACCGUAUCCGAUGAAAUGUUAUUGAAACGUAUUCAACGUACUGGCGAUGGUUCUCAUCCAUCUUGCAUUGACUUAAAUAACAACAACACCAGCGGGACUGUUAUCACCCCUGAAAUGCUCUCGAAACUCGACCAUGACAAUGAAGAAACCAUGGUGUGGGGUUGGGACGACAAAGAUGUUCAUAUAGAAGAUCGUUUGGGUACCAAAAUCAUCGAAAAGAAAGAAGAUUAAAUCCUCUAUUCUCUCAAAGAGAGACACCAUUAAUUACAAAUGUGUGAGUAGUGCCCACACAUUGAGAACAAGAGAAUACGAGAGCGAAUGAAUUAAACAAUUUUAUAUUAUAAGAAUAUGGUUUCUGUUUCUCUAUCGCUAAUGAUCAGAAGUACAGUAUUUAAUUUAAUUUCCUUUUAAAUUGAUGUCUGCUACUUUCCAUAUAUACUGGUUAUAUAUUGAUCUUAGUUCAAAAAUCCCACUUUUAAUUCUCCCACUUUACAAUUCCUCCUGUAAUAUUUUCAAGUAUAAAUCCUUCGUUCUUGUUAAAAUGUAAAAUACAAACAAACAUGUAGUAUAAAGUAUCUGCGCAGAGGUUCUAGUUUUACCAAUUGAUAAGUUUAUUAAGUUUAUUAUUAUUUUAUUAAGUUUUAGCUUAAAUUACAACUUUAAUUUUAAUAAUAGUAAUGUUGUAGUAAACGAGAUACAAUUACUUGAUCAAUUAUAGUCAUGUAGCUGUAUGUGUAUGUAUUUGUGAAAGAUCAAUCGAUUUAUAUUGUAAAACUUAAAUAUGCAAACUUAAGUUUAACACCUUGAGUAGGCUGUCAUUGAUCGAUUAAUUUGAUGUC